UCAACAUGAAGCACUUCGACACGAAAGAUGGCAUACACAUUCGCUUCAUGGAUAUGGCUGACUACGAGCAAGUCAAGAUCUUUCUGAGAAACCAUUACUAUAACGCCGAGCCAUUGGCAGCAAGCUCGGACGAGGAAUUGCGAGAGGUAAAAGCUGAGGUGCAGUCCGUGCUAAAAUACAUCAAACAAGGCAUAUCCUUAGUUGCCAUAGAUGAAACAGAUUCGGAGGAGCGUAUAGUUGGCUGUACUGUAGCAGCCACGAUGCAUGCUGGUGAUUAUUCGAGACGUUUGAAGGAAUCACCCGAUGAUGCAGAGCAUAGCGACUGGCGAAGUACGAUAGAAUUAUUUGACAAAGUCAUAGCUGAGGGUAAUCCCUUUGAGCGUUAUGGCGUUAAUAAGCUGCUGCUUUUUGAUAUGAUCGCGGUAGAUGCUAGAAUGCGUGGCAAAGGUAUCGGUGCACGUUUGGCUACCGCUCAGAUGGAACUAGGACGUAAGCAGGGAUUUGAAGUCAUGGUGGCCAUCUGCACAAGCUUUUAUUCAGCCAGGCAAUUGAGCGGGUUGGGCAUGGAAUGCAUUUAUGAGUUGGCCUAUGCGGAUUACUUGGAUGCCAAUGGCAGUGUAUUGUUUGAGCUACCAGCUCCACAUACUCAUAUUCGCUUAUUGGCGAUCGGACUGUAAAAUAAUCUUAUGGAGGUGUAGAGUAGACGAUAUAGAGUUCAUUGCUCCUCUAGUACAGAGUUAAGUAUGUUAUACUAGCUUUAAUGUUUUUUAUUGACGGCAAUAAAGAUAGUCAUGAAUAAAAAUGUAGAAACAAUUAUAAGUAAUAAAAUAAUUAGUUUGCUGAAAUA